AUCACCCUCAAGCCGCUCAAGUCCGAGGGCACUACCUCUCAUGGCAGUGCGCCUGGAAGCCCAACUGAGGUUGGAACCCCAACUGCAUCUGGAACCCCGACUGGACCUGGAACCCCAGUUGAUAUUGAGAAUAUCUCCGCCUACUACGCUUCCCAGAAGCUCAAGCAAGCCCAGCAGGAAAAUGAGGCAGGCCCGUCUGAUGAAACCAAGUCUGCUGCGGCCAAGCCUGUUGCAGCCAAACCUUCGAGCCAUACGAUGUCACCGAGCCCAUGGAGCCCGAGUUGUGUUUCCCCAUGUACGGCAUCUUGACAAACAUCACCGAAGACGCCGAGAACUGGUACCAUCAAGUCCGCGUCAUCCUCUCCUACGGUAUCGAGGACAUGAACUUCGCUGGUGGCAGAUUCAAGGGCAUGAUCACCGGCACGUACCCUCUCCGCGACUCCCUCAACAAGAUAAUGCUGUCUGACGUCGUCACUCCCGCCGAGAGGGCCACGCUCAUACGCUUCGGCCGCAUCUACGCCAAGACCCAAGGCGACUCGCGCGACGGCGUGGUCAUCGACGACGACUACAUCCAGGCGUGCGGUCUCGCCGGUCUCCGUUCAGCGCUGGCCGUCAUCUUCAACAGCGAGGCCGAGCGCCGCAAGUACGCCCCCCAGCCAGCCACGGACGCCGAGAAGCUCAAGGCUAUCCAGGACACGAUUGCGCGUCUGGAGCUCAACAACAGCGCCUCUUCCACUACGGGGUCGGGUGACAAGUCGGUCGAGCAGUCCUCUCAUAGAUCCGCUGAUGCUUAGCUUGGCUUCCUCAUCGGCGCGGCGUUCUUCUGGAGUCCACAGAGUU